AGUAGCAAAAUAAAUGUAGUGCUUUAAUGUGGGUGAUUUGUAACUUUUUUCCAUUAAAUCUCAGGUAAUGUCACAGAGGCCAUGCAGACUACAAUUUUCUAGCAGGUUAUGUUCUGUGUUUGUUGUGACGAUGCAUAUUUUUCACUUUUGAGUUUGAUAUUCGAGAGGAAAUAUUCCCCUCGAAAGCCAGUGAAGGUUGCACCUUGGGAGUUUUUAACCAGAGUGGACCUUUGGGUUGGAAAAUUGCUUUGAUUGUAUUCAGUGUUCCAAUGCAUUUUUUAGUUAUGGGGAGAGAGACAGCAAUUUUGCAUAGAGAGGAUUUGUGGUCGCAGCUCUGAAAGGGACAGAGGCCAUCCCUGCAUAAUCAGUUGGUGCCAGUCAGACAUCAGCCAAUUCUGAAUAAGCCACAGAGGCAGCUCUUGAGGGCAAUUAAGAGGCAAUUUUCAUGCAGACAUUUGUGCACUUGCUAUGUUCCAUCAUCAAUUUCUCAUCUAUCUGAUUUGAUUUCAUUUGCUUUCUGGCUGCUGAACAAUUCAGUGUCGUCUGCAGCAACUGCUGCUGCUGCUGCUGCUUGUUUGAAAGGAGAAAGUUAAGAGAGGAGUUAUUUCCGAAUAGCUGCCAUAUGUUUUUAUCCUACAUAUUUUUUGCCAACAGGAACAAGGAAGAAAGUUACAUGUAAAAGAAGAAUGUCACCUUGACUCUUUGAAGGUGAUUUUAAACAUUUUGAAGCAUCUUGACAAACCAAAGGGAAAGAGAGCAUAAAAGAAUUUUCAACUCUGCAUUUGAACAUUCUCAUUAUUCAUGAAGAAUAUAUGGCAGCAGUUUUGUCAAACUCUGUGCAGUUAUUUUAAAGCAGUUGGUUUUCAAAAAUCUGGUUUUCUUUUUGCAGCACCAAAAUACAUGGUGACAGAAUAGAAUUCUAGUCCAUGAAGAGAAACUAGGAUCAUAUUCAAAAAGUAGCAGAUUUGUCAGUCCAUUGUAUUUUUGGAGUACUAUAUGUACUUUGUUGUUUACAAUAGUUUGUCAGUUUAAAUAUUAAUUGCCAAUUUUCGUUCACUUAUAUGGAUUUUUGAUAACAUAGUGAUAAACUACAUAUAUAUAUGCAUAUAGUUUUGAUCUCAUGGGAAGAAAUAACUGUAAGGAAUACAGGCCUCUCAUAUCAGGAUGAAGUAUAGAAGAUGUGCAUAAACUGUAUAUUGUAUUCAUUGAUUUACAUAUACAUGCAUUGUGCUAGUAGAACAGUUGGCUUGUUGCUGAGUGCACUACAAAUUUUACAUCAAACUAUAUUGAAGUCAUCACUGUCUUAUCAGGAAAUGCACCAAUUGUUGACCCGCAGGACUUAAUAUCAGUCAACCAGACAAGGGACAAGAUAUAUCUGCUGUUGAGGUCACAUUACCAACCAGGUUUUCAAUCCCUGUUGAAAUUUCAAGAUGGCCUCCCCAGGAGAAGAGAUGGCAGACGACAUCAUGGGUGUUGCUGUUUUUGGUACAGGACGGAUAGGUGCCAUACAUUUUAAGCAUUUAAUGAUUAUGCCUGAUGUUGAAGUUUUGUGGUUGGUUGAAGAAGACACACAGCGAGGAGAAAGCUUGGCAAAAAGUCACAGAAGUAAAGCGAGGGUUGUAAGCCCGGAGCACAGUGAACAGGUGUAUGCAGAUAAAAGAGUGAGUGCUGUUGUGGUGGCAACUCCAGCAGCAACUCACGAAGAAAUAAUACAGAAGUCUUUAAAAGCAGGCAAAGCUGUGUUUUGUGAGAAACCAAUAGAUGUUAGCUGGAAAGUUGUCCGACGGCUUUAUGACGAGGCGGAACAAGCUGGAAAACCUCUCCAGUGUGGGUUUAAUAGGAGGUUUGAUCCCCAGCUUCGACACCUCCAAAGAAGACUUCUCAGUGGUGAGAUAGGCAAGCCUAUGAUGGCCAAGACAUGCUCUAGAGAUGCCUGCCCAGACAUGGCGUCUGCAGCAGCAUAUUCUGCAGCACAUGGUGGCUACUUCCUGGACAGUACUGUCCAUGACAUAGAUGUGAUGUGCUGGCUGCUGGGAGAACACCCUAUCAGCGUCUCGUGUACUGUACACACACACGACCCCGUAUUCAUGCAACAUGGAGACUUUGACACAAUUGUUGCUGUGCUCAAGUUUCCCUCUGGGGUGAUUGGGGUGAUUGACCAGUCCAGGCAUGCUGUGUAUGGUCACGAUCAGAGGGUUGAGGUAUUAGGCUCAAACGGCAUGUUGACAUCAGAGAACCAGCAUCCAAGCAGCGUUCACCACUGGACACCAGAGGGCGUUAGUGGAACUCCUAUAGUGUACAACUUACACAGAUAUGACUCUGCUUAUGAAGAGGAAUUAAAGCAUUUUAUCAAAACAGCUGCAGGAAAGGAGUCAUUAGAACUCACAGGAGAUCAUGUAGUAAAAGUGAUGCAGAUAGCCACGGCGUGUAGAGAAUCUGCCGUGAGAGGACAGACUAUAGAACUCAACAAACUUUUUGCCUGAGACCAAAACUGGGCUCCCAUACCUAGAUCGAUCUAGCAGGAUCGAUCCAUCUCCAAGGGUUUUUUUCACUCCUUCAGCUUAAGCGGCUAAGAUGUCUCGCAUGCCCACAGAAGCUGCUAAACUAUAAUUAAUUACCCCCUAGC